AUGGAAGUCGGCCUCCACCGCCUGCUCUCUGCCCAAGUGCAGCUGCCCAGAGCAGCCAGGCCUUUGGCGGGGCUCAGAGCGCCCCGAGCGGUGCAGGCACCCCUCAAACACCGCCAGCGGGCACACUGCCAGGCUGGCAGUGGGAGCCUGGGGGAGGUCACCACGGAGACGGCUUCCCAGCCUCAGAUCCUGGAUGGCUACCAGCACUGUGGAAGUAAAUCCUUCCAGAGCAGUGAGGGAAGAGAUGGGACACACCGCACCCUUGCGCUCCCUACUGCACCCCUGUGCCCCCCACCGCACCCCUGUGCCCCCCACCGCACCCCUGUGCCCCCCACUGCACCCCUGUGCCCCCUACUGCACCCCUGUGCCCAACACCGCACUCCUGCACCCCCCCACCGCACCCCUGUGCCCCCCACCGCACCCCUGUGCCCUCCCACCACACCCCUGUGCCCUCCCCACUGCACCCCUGUGCCCUCCCACCACACCCCUGUGCCCCCCACCACACCCCUGUGCCCCCACCACACCCCUGUGCCCCCCCACCACACCCCUGUGCCCUCCCACCGCACCCCUGUGCCCUCCCACCACACCCCUGUGCCCCCACCACACCCCUGUGCCCCCCACCACACCCCUGUGCCCUCCCACCACACCCCUGUGCCCUCCCCACCGCACCCCUGUGCCCUCCCACCACACCCCUGUGCCCCCCACCACACCCCUGUGCCCUCCCACCACACCCCUGUGCCCUCCCCACUGCACCCCUGUGCCCUCCCACCACACCCCUGUGCCCUCCCACCACACCCCUGUGCCCUCCCCACCGCACCCCUGUGCCCUCCCACCACACCCCUGUGCCCCCCACCACACCCCUGUGCCCCCCACCACACCCCUGUGCCCCCCACCACACCCCUGUGCCCUCUCCACCACACCCCUGUGCCCCCUACUGCACCCCUGUGCCCCCCCACCACACCCCUGUGCCCUCCCCACUGCACCCCUGCACCCCCCCACUGCACCCCUGUGCCCUCCCACUGCACCCCUGUGCCCCCCACCGCACCCCUGUGCCCCCUACUGCACCCCUGCGCCCCCCACCGCACCCCUGUGCCCUCCCACUGCACCCCUGCGCCCCCCACUGCACCCCUGUGCCCCCCACCGCACCCCUGUGCCCCAUACUGCACCCCUGUGCCCUCCCACCACACCCCUGUGCCCCCCACCGCACCCCUGUGCCCCCUACUGCACCCCUGUGCCCCCCCACCACACCCCCUGUGCCCUCCCACCACACCCCCUGUGCCCUCCCACCACACCCCUGUGCCCUCCCCACCACACCCCUGUGCCCUCCCACCACACCCCUGUGCCCUCCCCACCACACCCCUGUGCCCUCCCCACUGCACCCCUGCACCCCCCCCACUGCACCCCUGCACCCCCCCACUGAACCCCUGUGCCCUCCCCACUGCACCCCUGUGCCCCCCACCGCACUCCUGCACCCCCCCACUGAACCCCUGUGCCCUCCCACUGCACCCCUGUGCCCUCCCACCACACCCCUGUGCCCUCCCCACCACACCCCUGUGCCCUCCCCACCACACCCCUGUGCCCUCCCCACUGCACCCCUGUGCCCUCCCCACUGCACCCCUGUGCCCUCCCCACCGCACCCCUGUGCCCUCCCCACCACACCCCUGUGCCCUCCCACCGCACCCCUGUGCCCCCCACCACACCCCUGUGCCCCCCACCGCACUCCUGCACCCCCCCACUGAACCCCUGUGCCCUCCCCACUGCACCCCUGUGCCCUCCCCACCACACCCCUGUGCCCCCCACCGCACCCCUGUGCCCUCCCCACUGCACCCCUGUGCCCUCCCCACUGCACCCCUGUGCCCCCCCACCGCACUCCUGCGCUCCCUACUGCACCCCUCUGCCCCCCACCGCACCCCUGUGCCCAAUGCCCCCCCACUGCACCUCUUUGCCCCCCCACCGCACCCCUGCGCCCCCCACCACACCCCUGUGCCCCCCACCGCACCCCUGCACUCCCUACCGCACCUCUGA